AUGUACAAUAAAUUAAAACGACGACUGAAAGCUGAAGAACAAGCACGAAAACAAACUAUUGUACAAGAGCAAACAUUAAGUGCAAAUGAUGAAGUAACUUCUCGUCAUGAGAAUAACGAUCAAGAACUUUAUUCUAAUGUAAGUCCAUCUGAAGAGACAAAAAAGAAUGACCUAUCAUCGUUACUUACAACAAAAUCAGUACAAGAUUCAACUAUUAAAACAGAAUGGAUAUUUUUCAUGAUCUACAGAACGUGUAUAUUCAAAGCGUUCUUCAAGAUGCAAACUUCAUUUCUGUAUGAUCUUCAUAAUGAUUCACUUAAUAUUCAGAUUAUGGCUGAUCUACAAUUUUAUUAUGAUCAAACAAAAUUUGCAAUAAUAAAUAUUCGAAUUAAUCGUGGUGAUAUUAUCGUACGAACUAAAGAUGAUGAAUUAAGUCUUAUAUCAAGUGAAUUGAUCAUUCUAACACUAACACUUCAUUAA